AUGCAGCAGGAGCUGCCUAUACACCUCACGCAGCCACCGCUCGUAAUCUCCCUGCUGCUGCAGCAGCAGGCCGGAAGGGGGGGAACUGGGCGGCUGCAGUGGGGAAGUGUAGGUACUGCGUGGCUGCUGUCAGCAGCAGCACAGAAGCAGCAACGGCAGCAGCAGCAGCAACAACAACAGCAGCAUCAACAGCUGCAGCAGCAGGAACUCCUGCUGCAGCAACUGCAGCAGCAGCUGCAGCAACAGCAGCGGCAGCAAGCCUCAGCAAACCACGCCGCUAGGAGGGGACACUGCAGCAACAGCAGCAGCAACAGCAGCAGCAACAGCAGCAGCAGCAGGAGCAGCACUCCGCGCCAUCGAAUGCAUCAUCAGCUUGAGCAGCAGCAGCAGCAACAGCAGCAGCAGCAGCAACAGCAGCAGCAGCAACAGCAGCAGCAGCAACAGCAGCACAAAUAA